AGCGUGCGAUUCCGAUAAUUUGAAAAUUUUACAGCGCUUGAAAGCGAAGAGAUCAUGUACUUCCCCCGUACUUCGGGCGGGAUGACGCAUACGGACCGCCGGUCUCGGGGCCAAUUCGGUACCCCCCAGUUACUACUCCCUCAUACAAUAUGCGCAUAGUAAUAAGCUAUAGACGCUAGUCUAAUGACACUUAGUUUAUGUUAUGCUACGCCGAGGAGAAUUUCCGCGGGAUGCGGCGAAUAUACGUGACUAAGCACUGAUAUAGAGAGAAUACGCCGAACUUACUUAGAUACGCUUGCACCGUCUUGAUUCCAGGUUAUAGGUCCUUGUAACCUACCUCUCGGUCAAAUCCCGUCUAUAGUGUUCUAAUCCCGAGUCGUUGUUUGAUAUCGGUUGGCGAAGGCACAAUAAUUCCGACUUCCUUCCACCUUCCCAAAGGAAAUUCUUCUUCAAGGGACAGGUUACGGAUCCCUCCGAUGAAAACGAACAUGGUGACCAUCGGCGUCCUCGCACUCCAAGGAGGGUUUUCAGAGCAUCUCAGCUCUUUGCGCAAAGCAGCCGCAUACAUCACGAGUUCUUCACCACCAAUACCGAGCCUUGACUUCAUCGAAGUUCGGACACCUGAGCAACUAGCCCGCUGUGAUGGCUUGGUCAUACCAGGAGGGGAGAGCACGACCCUGUCGCUUGUAGCGGCGCAGUCUGGAUUAUUGGAUCCGUUGCGAGAGUUUGUCAAAAUUAGCAAAAAGCCAACGUGGGGCACAUGCGCUGGUCUUAUCUUCUUGUCCGAGCAAGCGAGCGCCACCAAACGAGGCGGCCAGGAGUUAAUUGGGGGACUUAAUGUCAAAGUUCACCGCAACCACUUUGGUCGACAGAUAGAAAGUUUUGUAACGGACUUGGAAUUGCCAUUUUUAUCUCAAAAUAGUGAUGGGACACAAGCCGCUCCUUUCCCAGCUGUUUUUAUUCGAGCGCCUGUUGUAGAUCAGGUGCUGACCGACGACGUUGGGUCCAUCGACAAUAAAAUAGAAGAUACAAUACCAGGGAUCGUUGCACAAGCUUCUAAGGAUCGGGAUCAGGCUUUGGAAGGGAAGGUCGAAAUUUUGGCAACCCUUCCAGGGCGUCAUGCCUCAAAUAAGAAAGCUGAGGUGGCAAGGACAGCAGCCGAUGCAGAUUCCCAAGCUGUGUCUCCUAAAGGAGCGGGAGACAUCGUGGCGCUAAGACAAGGGAAUGUAUUCGGGACGAGCUUCCAUCCAGAGCUCACGGAUGACAUUCGAAUCCACGUAUGGUGGCUGGAACAGAUAAUACGGUCAUACAAAUGAAAUAAAUGAUUUCAAUAUUUAAAUUGGAGAAUCCCAAAAGAGAAAUGAACUGCACUCCGAAUACAUCAAAAAGCAUAAGUGGCGUUUCUCUCUUAUGCUCGAUACCUUGACUAUUUUAUGCACUUCCAACACUGAAAGUUCCAUCUACAUUCGCUUCAUUCAACGUUCAUAUCUAGAUA